AUUCCGCUCACUGGUCCGGAAGAGUGUAGGCGGUGGACACACAUUUUCACCUUUUUUGGCAACUACCUGAGUAUUUAAUAAAACAACUACCUACAUGACAACGUCAACGAAGCUCGUCUGAUUAUUCUACUUGAAUAAUCAUUGACGGACACUGACAAUCACAAACCUCCUCGCUGAAAACCGCUGGGUGGUUCUACAUUCCUUGUCCCUGUUUUUCCCUUCUUUUCCAAACACACACUUCCCGUCACAAUGGUUCGGUUCGCAUUCCUCAUAGCAAUGGUGUCUAGCCUGACGUCUAUCGUGAACGGCGCAUUCAGUUCCUCGUCGAAGAAAAACGUCGUGGUUUAUUAUGGUCAAGGGCCUAGUCAAGCUGCGCUAACCACCUACUGCGCGGACUCCAAUAUCGAUAUUAUCGUGCUUUCUUUCGUGUACCUCUUCCCCGCUCAAGCCAACGGCUUCCCGGGCAUCAACUUCGGCAACCAAUGCGGCGGCAUUGUGUACCCGGGCCCGGGCUACAACGGUGUGAACACUACGGCCAACAACCACCUCUACCAAUGCCCUGCCCUUCAACAGGCCCUAAAUACAUGCCGAAAAUCCUACCCCUCGAAGAAAAUCCUGCUCUCCCUUGGUGGCGCUACAACCCAGUACCAGCUCACGGGUGCCACUGACGGUACUGCCUUUGCGAACCUUUUGUGGGGCCUUUUCGGCCCGCGCACCACGGCCUGGGUCAACGCCGGCAAGCCGCGCCCCUUCGACUACAACGGCGUCGGAUUCACCAUCGAUGGAUUCGACCUUGACAUCGAGCACCAGCCGACAGACAACUGGGCCGGAUACACGGCGCUGGCAACACAGCUGAAGACCAACUUCGCAACAGUCUCAGGAACUUACUACCUGACGGCGUCGCCGCAAUGCAUCGUACCAGACGCGAACCUGCAGGGCGUGCUGCUGAAGGGAACCUUCGACAUGCUGUUCAUCCAGUACUACAACACGCCGCAGUGCAGCGCGGCGGCCUGGGUCAGCGCGAACCCGAACUACAAGUCGGGCGGCUCGUUCAACACUAGCGGUUUCACGUUCGACCAGUGGGUGACCUGGCUCUCGAGCACGCCGAGCAAGAACGCGCGCCUCUUCAUCGGGCUGCCGGGUUCGAGCGGCGCCGCCAGCGCCGCGUCCCUCGUCUCGCCGGCGCAGGCGCAGAACCUCGUCGACGCGUACUACUGCCGCACCAACUUCGGCGGCGUCAGCGUCUGGGAGGCCACGUACGCCGCGGCUAACGUGGUCGGCGGCCUCAACUUCUACCAAAAUAUGAAGAAGGACCUGAAUACCUCGUCGACUAAUACGAAGCUAUCUUGCGUCUAGUCUUCGGGAUCGACCGGCCCCACUUCCUCCACUCCGAGUUCAACUUCAACGUCAACUUCACCUUCUUCGUCUUCGUCUUCGUCUUCCAAGUCCACUAAUUCGAGCUCGAUCACGUCCCUCCCCACGUCGGCUAACGGUCUCUGCG